UCAGAGGAAAAUAUAAUCUCAUUAACUGAGAAGAAAGAAAAUGAGGUCUGAUACUUGUGGUGGAGACUCCAUCUAACAUUACAAUAUCAUGAUCCAAAAUCAAACCCAAGCUUCUGAAUAACGAAGAGAGGCUAAACAAAACAAACCAUCAAUGGAAUGCAUAUCCAUACUUUGCUGCUUCCUAUUGCUGAUCACAAUUACCACUGCAGCUGACACCAUGAAUAUAACUCAAUCUAUCAGAGACAGAGACGGUGAGACGAUAGUUUCAGCUGGUGAAAGGUUUAGAUUAGGAUUUUUCAGUCCAGGCAACUCCAAAAAUAGAUACUUGGGUAUAUGGCACAAUAAAGUACCUGAAAGUGCAAUUAAAGCAGUUUGGGUUGCCAACAGAAAAACCCCCCUCACGGAUUUAUCAGGGAUUUUUAAGAUGACUGAUCAAGGAAUCCUAGUCCUCACUCAAAAUGCAACUGUGAUUUGGUCAACCAACUCCACAACCCCUGCAAGAAAACCUGUUGCGCAGCUUUUGGAUUCAGGAAAUCUUAUAGUAAGAAAUGAAGGGGAUAAUACAACAGAAUAUUACUUGUGGCAGAGCUUUGAUUAUCCAUCUGAUACAUUCUUGUCUGGGAUGAAACUCGGAAGGAAUAGAGUAACGGGCUUAGAUACAUACAUAUCAUCAUGGAAGACAAUUGAUGAUCCCUUUCCAGGUGAUUACACAUAUGGUCUUGAUCCUAUUGGUUAUCCUCAAAUGAUUGUGAGAAGGAAUUCUACUAAGCUAAAUCGUGUUGGGCCUUGGAAUGGCGUUCAGUUCAGUGGGAUGCCUCAACUAAGACCAAACCCUCUAUAUAAGUAUGAAUUUGUUUUGAAUGCAGAGGAAAUAUAUUCUAGCUAUACUCUUCAAAACAAAUCGCUUUUUUCAAUGAUCACGCUAAAUCAACAUGGAAUACUCGAACAGUUGGCCUGGAUUAACGAAGCAAAUGAUUGGGCGAUGAUCAGUAUCGUGCCUCGCGAUAAAUGUGAUAUUUAUGCUGUCUGUGGUGCAUAUGGUGUAUGUAAUAUCAAUUACACUCCAAUGUGUAGUUGCAUAAAAGGAUUCGUAUCAAAAGUUCCAAAAGAAUGGGAAAUGGAUGAUUGGUCCAGCGGUUGUGUUGUAAAGACUCCAGUAAAUUGCUCUCAAGAGUUUCGAAAGUACUCUGGAGUGAAAUUACCAGAAACAAGAACAUCCUGGUUCAAUGAUGCAAGUUUUGUGAUCGCAAGUAUGUCUUUGGACGACUGCAAGUUCUUGUGCACAAAGAACUGCUCCUGUUCAGCUUAUGCAAAUUUGGACAUAAGGCAAGGAGGGCAUAAUUGCUUGCUUUGGUUUAGUGAACUGAUUGAUAUUAGAGAAUUAGAGCAAGGUGGGCAAGAUAUUUACAUAAGGAUGGCUGCAUCAGAGUCAGACUACCACAUACGGAUCGUUGUAAGCUGUGUGUUAUCUGCAGGGCUGCUGUUCUUGGGCCUAGCCUUGGUCUUGUUUUGGAAAAGGAAGUGGCAGAGAAACAGUACCCUGGAAACAAUUGUACAUAACAAGGGCCAGACAAAGGAAGAUCUUGAAUUAACAUUCUUUGAUUUGGGCACCAUUGCUAGUGCAACCAAUAAGUUUUCUCCUACCAAUAAACUAGGAGAAGGAGGCUUUGGACCUGUUUAUAAGGGAAUACUGAAAGAUGGACAAGAAAUAGCUGUGAAGAGGCUUUCAAAGAAUUCAAGACAAGGACUUGAUGAGUUUAGUAAUGAAGUCAUUUAUAUUGCAAGACUACAGCAUCGAAAUCUAGUGAAGAUCCUAGGAUGCUGCAUUCAAGCAAACGAGAGGAUGUUGAUCUAUGAGUUCUUGCCUAACAAAAGCUUGGACUUCUUCAUAUUUGAUCAAAAACAGAGCAUACAUCUAGACUGGCCUCAGCGCUACCACAUUAUCAAUGGGAUAGCUCGUGGACUCCUUUACCUCCACCAAGAUUCAAGACUAAGAAUAGUUCAUAGAGAUCUAAAAGUUGGGAACAUUUUAUUAGAUUAUGAAAUGAACCCAAAAAUUUCAGACUUUGGUCUUGCUAGAAGUUUUGGAGGAAAUGAAACUGAAGCAAAUACAAAUAAAGUGGUAGGAACACAUGGUUACAUGUCACCAGAGUAUGUAAUUGAUGGUCGUUACUCCAUGAAAUCUGAUAUCUUUAGCUUUGGUGUUAUGGUGCUAGAGAUAGUAAGUGGGAAAAGAAACAGAGGAUUCUAUCAUCCGGAGCACAAUGGUAACCUUCUUGGACAUGCAUGGACACUACAUAAAGAAGGUAGGACUUUUGAGCUGAUUGCUGCAUCAGUGACAGAGUCAUGCAAUCAAUCUGAAGUGCAACGAUCAAUUCAAGUUGGUCUACUUUGUGUGCAGCAAAAUCCAGAAGAUAGGCCAGCUAUGUCAAAUGUGGUUCUUAUGUUAGGAGGUGAAGGUGCAUUGCCUGCGCCUAAAAAACCAGGAUUUUUUACUGAAAGAGAUCUAAAUGACCUCGAGUCUUCAUCAAGCAAGCAAAAACCCCCUUCACUUAAUUGUCUCACUAUUACACUCCCAGAGGCAAGAUAAGAACAGCAAUGUUUUAAAUGUUUUUUUUUUUUGUUGUAUCUUCAAAGUUGUGACCUUUUCUCAUAAAGUAAUAUUAGAAAUUAAAAAAACUGAAGCUUGAGAGUUAUUACCUUGAGCAUUUGCUUUCCA